CUGAAAAUGUGAGAUCAGAUAUGGAAGGUUUAAUCCAAGGAGCUGAAGAUGGAAAACCAAUGUCUCCAACCGUUAGAACUGAAGACUCCGAGUUUCAGACUAUGGAAGGUUUAAUCAAAGGAGCUGAAGAUGGAAACCCCAUGUCUCCAACUGUUAGAACUGAAGAAUCCGAGUUUAAGACUCCGACUGCCGCUGAGUCGCAGACUGAAAUGGAAACUCCAUCAAUAUUCCUGAACACUCCAAGUGCGGUGUACUCGCAACCAGAAAAUGCACCUACAUCUAUGAACAUAGAGUAUGACUACUGCAUUUUAUUUUAUAAGUUAUUUUUCGUUUAUUAUUACAAGUUAUUUUUCAUUAUCAUUUAUAAAAUGUUCUUUUCUUUUCACUUUGUUGUUCUUUUUAUUUCAGGUGUUGUACACUGA